AUGUGGAUAUUACCAGUUGUCGGAUGGCUGGGUGUGGCAGUUGGGUUUGGCUUCCUUACUACUGCUAUUGCCUCAGGACUAUACUACCUCUCGGAGCUCGUCGAAGAACACACGGUUAUGGCUAAACGUUUCUUGACACGAAUGAUAUAUGCGAUUAUGGGGCUCCAAGCCCUUUUAUGCGUGAUCGAUGGAUUCAGUUGGAAACUGAGCGUCAUGAGUAUUCUUUCUCAUGUGGUGUAUUUGGGUAAUAUGAGGAAAUUCCCAGUGGUCCAUUUGAGUGACCCUUUAUUCCUCGUUUCAUGCGCUCUUGUAAUAGUAAACCACUACCUCUGGUUCCGCCACUUCGCCGCCGGACCAAUCAGCACCCCAACUUCCAUCUACGAUACUUCGGGAUAUCCAGAUUUCACGCAGAUUGCCUCAUAUUUUGGACUAUGUGUAUGGUUGACUCCGUUUGCGCUAUUUGUGUCAUUGUCUGCGAGUGACAAUGUAUUGCCGACGAUGGGGAGCGAGGAGCCGAGUAUGCCAGGGGCGGCAGGCAAGUCAAAGGGAAAGAGAGAGGGAAUCGCGAAGGUCAUUAUUGAUUCGGUUAGGAAUGGAAUUGGAGAAUUGGGGAGGAUUGCUGGGUUCUGGAAGGAAGAUAGGGGAUUUUGA